CACUCCUUCGAGCGGCUGCUGCGCCUGCUUGCCCGCCCACGAUGAUCACCAUCACACCUUUGGGGCAGAAGACGGCAUCGGAUGUCGCAUCGCAGGCAUCCACCUCAUCUUCAGCCGCACCACCACCUCGAGCUCUGUCCUACCUGGUGCAAAUCGACUCAGCCUACCUUCUAUUGGAUUGCGGCGCCCCAGAAGACUUGCGAUUCCCUGCAAGCUCGCCGUCAGCAACGACGGAGCAUGACGCUGCGGAAUACACAUUGCCAGACGGCUCUCUCGAUGCGGCAGCUCUCUCCUCCCUCCCUCUGGACGAAGCUCUCAGCAUUGCGGCCCCACGCAUCCAGCUCGUCCUCCUCUCCCACUCGACGAUGCACAAUGUCGGGCUGUACGCCUAUGCGAGGGCGCGACUGGGUCUCACAUGUCCAGCGUACGCUACUCUUCCCACAGCAAGUAUGGCUCGCCUCGUCACGCUCGAAGCCAGCCUGACCCUCGCUAGCGAAUGCGACGUGGCUGCCCUAGAGAAGCGGCCCACAAGGGCGCAGAGGGAGGCGAGCGCCAAGGCGAAGAGAGAUGUAGAGGGGAGUAAGGUGGUCAAGAAGGAGGAGGACGAAGACAGAGAAGACGAGCAGCGAGACCGCUGCGUCCCCACUCGCGCCGAGAUCGACGAAGCAUUCGAGAGCAUUCGGACACUACGCUACCUCCAGCCUACGGUGCUGGAUGGGUCGGGCCUGUCGUCUCUUUCGCUCACAGCGCACUCCGCCGGUCACACGCUCGGUGGUACCGUGUGGAAGCUGCGUAGCCCUACAUCCGGGACUGUGGUGCUUGCAAUCGACUGGAACCACGUUCGCGAGAGGCACAUAGACGGGUCUGGCGUGAUCGAGGGGGCGAGUGCUGUUGCCGGUGGUGCUGGGGCUUUGCCGACUGCAAGCAGAGCAGGAGAGGAGGCCGCAGGAACGAAGAGGGCCGAGAUGCUUGUCACGUCUGGCGCCAGGCUGGCGAAACAGAAUGCGAGGAGAAAAGAUAAAGACAAGUCCCUGCUCGACCUCAUACACCACACACUCACCGUCUCCAAAUCGACCCUUCACCUCCCUCUAGACGCCUCCCCCCGCCUCCUCGAAGUCCUCCUUCUCCUCGACCGACAUUGGGCCUACGCCUACCCGAAUGCCCGUUUCCCGCUCUGCCUCGUGAGCCGCACGGGCAAAGAAGUAAUCGAGCGCGCCCGCACCAUGCGCGAAUGGAUGGGCAAGAGUCUACAGGGAGAAGAAGGCAACGCCGGUGGAGCAGACAAGGGGCGAGGUAGGCGAGGAGAAGUGGAGCAACACGGUCCGCUCGAGCUGCGCUUCUUGCGUAUCUUCACGAGUCUGUCAGCUCUGAGUGCAGCUGUGCCGCGCGAGGCAGCAAAAGUGGUCAUUACCGUCGGUCCUUCUCUCCUCUAUGGGCCUUCACUCCGCUUUUUCCGCGAGCAUGUGGCUGGCUCACGUGAGAACACGCUUGUCCUCACUACCGAGAGGGAAAUGGAGCGCGGCUCUCCCUCUUCGGAGCUCAAGGCCUGGUGGCUUUCCGGACAGGACGGAGGAUGGACCGAGCGUGAGGUCGGCAAACCGGUAGAGGGUAAAGGUAGAGGCCUGGCCGGUGUAGAGGUGCGAGAGCGACGAGCGCUCGAGGGGCAAGAGCUGGAGGCAUUCAGAGAAAGGGAACGCGAAGAGAAGGAGCGCGAGGAGAGAAAGAAGGCUAUGCUCAAGAGGAGCAGAAAGAGGUUGGAGGCUGAUGAAGAGGAUGAGGAUGACGACGAGGGAGAGGAAGAUGAGGAGGACAGCAGUGAUGAUGAGGAUGAGGAUGACGACGAGAUGGGAGCUGGAGGGCUCAAGCGCAAGCGCGCAGGCAUGAUGGAUAGCGAGGCCGGCGGUACGAGCUCGCUCAAGAAGCGCAAGUCCACCGCUGCCGCGGAUGCUGGAUCGGCAGGCAAGGACGGCGAUGCAGCGGGCGAGGACACGGAUCUCCUCCUCUCCCACGACGUCUACCUUCGCGGAUCAGCAGCACGGACGGCCGCCAACUUCUUCAAUGCCGGCCAGCAGCAACAGCGCAUGCAAAAAGGGCCAUCGUCUUCCAAAAUCACGGCAGAGCAACGUCUUCGCGAAGCCCGUGACCGCCAUGCGGUAGGUGCGCGGUUCCGCUCCUUCCCCGUCAUUGAGCGUCGACGCCGCAUAGACGCCUUCGGCGAAGUGAUCGACGUCUCCCGCUGGCUGUCCCGUGGUCGUAAAGAGGAGGAAGAACGUCAACGCCUCGAAGCGGGCGCGGGGGCUCAACAGCUCGGCGCCUCAGGCACGCCAAUGGUCGCCACCUCUACAAGUCGCAAUGCUGCCGCUUUGGCAGAGCAGCGUGAGCAGGAAGAGGACGAGCUGCAGGGCGCUCCGAGCAAGUUUGUGCAUUUGAGCAACGUCAAGGUUGAGGUGCAUUGCAGGAUUCAUUUCCUCGACUUGGACGGGCUCAUCGAUGGACGAGCACUGAGUAUCGUCCUGCCGCAGCUGGCGCCGCGUAGGCUGGUGCUCGUCGACACACCGCAACCUCAGCCUACCAGCGCCCUCGUACAUCACGGCGGCGAGGAUGAGGGAGCAUUGACCUGGUGGUCCAACCCUAAAGGAGGGGAGACCCCAACGACGCGGUUCGUCGCCUCACUCCUCUCGCUCCGCGACUUUACGCGAGACGUCUUUGCGCCUCCAUUGGGUGGAACAGUCCGCGUUGGUGGGCAGGUGCAGAGCUUCGAUGUUCGCCUGGGCGAAGGAGUGCUCGAGGGAGUGGAGAUGGGAACGUACGAGGAGUGGGCGCUGGGCUGGGUUGAGGGGGUGGUCAAGGGUGAGCAGGGCGAUGAAGAGAAGGAGUCAGGGGUGGUGAUUCUCGAACGCCGUUCUGUUGAGGAGCUGAGCGCUGAGGAUCAAGAGGAUGACGAGGCUGUAGCUGCCGCCGCUGCAGAGGUGGCUGCAGGGCCAAACGCCUCACAUCCGGAUCGACUGGCGUAUACCCCGCACGCCGCCCGUCCAGCCACCACGCUCUUCAUCGGCUCCGUCCGUCUCUCCACGCUCAAGACGCUCCUCUCCACGGGCUCAGCGCGCAUACCCGCUGAGUUUGGUGGUAGUGGUACCCUCGUCUGCGGUACCGCUGCGCUGGCCAGCGUGCAGGGCAACGCGGCUACGACUGGUGGGCAGGCGAGUGCGGCGUGUACGGUGGAGAAGAGCGGGGAGCGUAUCACGGUCGAGGGUAAUGCUGGAAGGACGUUUGUGAGGGUGAGGGAUGCGGUAUACAAGCUCCAUGCUAGAGUGGGAGGCGGCAUCGGGCAGGUGUAGUCACGAUGUCGAUGUUGGAUUUUAUUUGUCCUGAUCGCAACCAGCCAG